CAGGGGUAAUGGUAACUCUUUACCAGCUUUUCUAGAAAAGAUCGAGAUGAAGCUGGGCGGUUCUACGUUGGCCUGAAUGAUAAAACAGAACGAGGACGACUGCAAGACAAAUGCGCAGUAUCUGACAGCAAACCAUGUCUCUUUGUCUUUGGAGUGAUCAAGGCGGUCACACACCGGCGAUGAUUGACUAAAAUAUGGAAGAAGGUACCCAUGGCUGGGAUCGAGACUGGGACCACUCUGGAGAAUGGCUUGCGAGCAGUCCUGAAAGGAGGAAAGCACUGAAUUCAGAAGCGUGAACGACGGAGCGAGAAUUCUCGAAAAGUCGGGUUCAAUACGAUGAAUGAUGGCUCUUCGAGUGAAAUUUAGCAGCUCGUCGUCUCGCAAAUUGUUGCUAUCGUCGGAAGGAGGUGCAUCGUUCCUCCUUACUUGCUGCAUUUUUUUCUGUAUGUCCGCGAGCUUUGGGACUUACUGGGCAUUCUCUUCCUCCUACAGACUCCACCCGAUCAAGUUUCUCACGUUUCCGGAGCAACACAAGAGUUCCAGUGCUUUUUUCGAGGAAGUCACAAACAGGGACAGAGCACGGCAUCCUUUUAGCCGGGGCGAUCAUCACGAAUUUCCAGAUGGCCAGGACUUGCACUCGUGUCAGGGGAGGCGGGUGUUCAUGUACGAGCUUCCUCGCAAAUUCAACUUGGAAGUCCUGGAAAAAUGCGACAAGAUGGUCUCCUGGCUUACGUUCUGCGACCACUUCAUCAACCAUGGCUUCGGGAAGGCGCUGGCUGGAGCAAAUUCUUCGUGGUACGCCACCGAUCCUUACAUGCUGGAGGUGAUCUUCCACGAGAGGAUGCGCAGGUACAGGUGCCUUGUGAAUUCUCCCCGUGAGGCCGAUGCGUUCUUCAUCCCUUACUACGCAGGACUGGACGCUCUCAGGUUCCUUUACGGGGCGGACAACUUGAACAGGCACGAGCAAGGGGUCGAUCUCGUCAAGUUUCUGGAGGCAAACUAUAGCUGGAGCUGGAGAAGAAAUCUCGGCCACGACCACUUCAUGGUAACAGGAAGAACAGCUUGGGACUUUGCUAGCUACCGCGGAAAGUCUUCGUGGGGGACUAGUCUUCGGCUGCUCAAGCAGAUGGAAAACGUGACGACUUUGGUGAUGGAACGACGUCCCUGGGAUCGGACAGAGCAGGCAAUACCGUAUCCAACUUCCUUUCACCCGGCAACCAAGUCGGAGCUACAGGCAUGGAUCGAGAGAGUCAAGGCAAGCCCGAGAACCAACUUCAUGUCCUUCGCCGGAGCUCCGCGGCCUCAGCAAAACGAGAGCAUCCGGGGGAUCCUGUUUGAGCAGUGUCGCAAGUCCCGGAGCUGCGAGGCCGUGAAUUGCUCGAAGCUGAGGUGUGCUCACAAUCCUCUCCCGAUCGCCGAGAAGCUGCUGUCCUCGAUCUUUUGCCUCCAGCCGCAGGGAGACACUUCCACGCGGAGGUCGAGCUUCGACUCGCUGGUUUGCGGCUGCAUUCCCGUCUUCUUCCACGCCGACUCGGCCUACACACAGUAUACUUGGCAUCUCCCUCGCGAGCGCGAGAGCUACUCGGUGUUCAUUCCCGAGGAAGAGAUCCGCCGGGAUGGGCUGGAGGUGGAGGAGUUUCUGAGGAGCAAGUUUAGCAGCCAGAGGAUUGGAGAGCUCCAGAGGAACAUCCGGAAGAUCAUCCCGCGGCUGCUCUAUACUGGGAAGCCAUGGAGCUCUGGCGAUGGUGGUCGGGAUUCUCUCGAUGGGGAGGACGACGCUUUCGACGUGAGCGUGAAAGAAAUGGUGGAGAAGUCGCAAAGGACCCAAUUUUCCAGUACUUGAUCAUUUGUUUUUGUUUUGCAUGUCUCCUUAAAGAAUCUCAACGGCCACGAUUGUUUUCCAAGAUUUGCAUCCGACGGUCGGCAUUUGUUCAAGAUGAAAAUGGGGUAUAUUCGCUGAGCAUCUUGAUGAGCCCUAAUUUGGCAGGGAGCGUUUUGAUCUGAUCCGAUCCAUGCGCGAGAGGAAUGAUGCGCCUCCGAGAAUGGGGCACCGCAUUUGGACGUGGCUGAUGAUCCGGUAUUGAUCGAGGUAAAACAAGCAGCCUAGGGCUCUUCCAAUCGAGCGAUCGUUCUCUCUUUCCUUCAAUCCAGUUGAAAUCCAACAUGCUGAGAGGAGAACCAUGCUAGGCCCCCUAGAGUGCCCGGUUUGCCUGGAGUUCUUCAACGAUGGAUCGCACACGCCCAGGCUCUUGUGCUGUGGACACACCGUUUGCCAGUUGUGUGUGGAGCGCCUCGUCGUCAGCUCCUCGCUGCCGAGGUUUCGAUGCCCGGAAUGCCGAGCGCUGUCCAAGUGGCGAGGAAUCCACCACUUUCCAAAGAACUACAUCCUUCUCCACGCUCUGGGAGGAUCACUCUCGACACAACCAACAACAUCGACUUUAAUUUCCCCGCCGUCGCCACCAGGAAGAACUGGAAGGAUUUUCUCACUACUCUUGCAGUCACCGACCAACUUGUUCCAGCUUAGAGGUGCUAACGUUCCUGGUGUUUUGGAGCGCAAGCUCUGGGAGCUCGGGAAGCUAAUCGCCGCCAGCGUCGUCUUACUCGUCUUUCUACCGAUCUCCAUCCUCCAUCUCUGCUUCUCGUGGUGGACGGCACUUCUCGGGUUUGUGGUGUUCUCGUGCUUCUCCAUCGGAGUGGUGGGGAUUGCCCUUUUUCUGCUCUUCCUCUGGUGGACACAGAGCGUUGUGCUGACACUUUACAGUUUUGCGAAGUUCUUGUUCCGGCCGAGCUCGUCGGAGCUGUCCAAAACGUAUAGCUAACAGGGACGAACUACUCGUUUGCGAGAGAAACAACGAGACUGUAAACAAUGAAGCCUGGUCUCGGGCUCUUCUUCUAUAAUAUAGCAGAUAUGCAAGCU